GCGAAUGAUAAAUAUAGUAAUUAAAAAAUAAUAAUAAAAAGAUUAAAUAUAAUCCAAAAAGUCACGACGUGAUGAUCGAGGACGCGCUAGUGUUACCGAGUAGUAGCAGUCACAGCUACAGCGUCAUCAAAGUUGGUUCCGUUCAAUCUCCAUCGGUUUUGGUGUCUCCACUAAACCAUCACCAUCGUGUUCUUCUGAACGUGCCAUUUUCAUCUCCGAUAAUCGCUCUCAGAAGAAAGGGAGUUGGUGAGAAGCUUGUGCCCAAAAUGGCUAAUUAUGAAGGACAAGCAGUUACUAGUCGUGAUAGCGAAGUCAGAUCAGGGAGUAUGAUUUUUGAGCCUAUUUUAGAAGAUGGAGUGUUUCGUUUUGAUUGUUCUGCAAAUGAUAGAGAUGCAGCAUAUCCCAGUAUUUCUUUUGUAAAUAGCAAGGAUAGAGACACGCCUAUCACUACUCAGAAGGUUCCCCUGUAUACCCCUACGUUUGAGUGUCUUCUAGAGCAGCAGAUUGUCAAACUUGAGCUUCCUGUAGGUACCUCCCUUUAUGGAACUGGAGAAGCUAGCGGAGAGCUAGAGAGGACGGGCAAAAGGGUUUUCACAUGGAACACAGAUGCAUGGGGUUAUGGACCUGGAACUACAUCCUUGUACCAAUCACAUCCAUGGGUGUUAGCAGUUCUUCCUAAUGGCGAGGCACUAGGAAUCCUUGCUGACACGACAAGGCGCUGUGAGAUUGAUCUGAGGAAAGAAUCCACAAUACAGUUUGUUGCUCCAUCCUCAUAUCCUGUCAUUACAUUUGGUCCUUUUGCUUCACCCACGGCAGUGUUGAUAUCUCUAUCAAAAGCAAUUGGAACUGUAUUUAUGCCCCCAAAAUGGUCAUUAGGCUAUCACCAAUGCCGUUGGAGUUAUUUAUCUGACCAGAGAGUUCUGGAGGUUGCAAAAACAUUCCGGAAAAAGAGCAUACCUUGUGAUGUGGUGUGGAUGGAUAUCGAUUACAUGGAUGGUUUUCGUUGUUUCACCUUUGACAAGGAGCAUUUUCGAGAUCCCAUGUCUUUAGUGAAAGAUCUCCAUUAUAGUGGUUUUAAAGCUAUUUGGAUGCUUGAUCCUGGAAUCAAGCAGGAAGAGGGUUAUUUUGUAUACGAUAGUGGUUCUAAAAAUGAUGUUUGGGUCCAAAAGGCAGAUGGAACUCCUUACGUUGGGGAGGUGUGGCCUGGGCCAUGUGUCUUCCCUGACUAUACGCAGUCUAAAGUUCGUGCAUGGUGGGCAAAUUUAGUUAAAGACUUCAUUCCCAAUGGUGUUGAUGGUAUAUGGAAUGAUAUGAACGAACCAGCUAUCUUUAAGGUUCUAACAAAAACAAUGCCUGAGAGCAAUGUUCAUAGAGGAGAUACUGAACUUGGAGGUUGUCAGAAUCAUUUUUUCUAUCAUAAUGUCUAUGGUCUACUGAUGGCAAGAUCAACUUAUGAAGGCAUGAAACUAGCUAAUGAAAAGAAGCGUCCUUUUGUUCUUACGAGAGCUGGAUUUUCUGGCAGCCAAAGGUAUGCUGCAACAUGGACUGGAGAUAAUCUUUCUACAUGGGAGCAUCUUCACAUGAGUAUCUCCAUGGUACUUCAGCUGGGACUUAGUGGUCAGCCACUUUCAGGUCCUGAUAUUGGUGGAUUUGCUGGAAAUGCAACACCUAGACUUUUUGGAAGGUGGAUGGGUGUAGGUUCCUUGUUUCCUUUUUGCCGAGGGCAUUCUGAAGCUGGCACCACUGACCAUGAACCCUGGUCUUUUGGGGAAGAGUGUGAAGAAGUUUGCCGAUUGGCAUUGAAGAGGCGCUACCGUCUGAUCCCACUUAUUUACACUCUUUUUUAUUUUGCUCAUACAAGGGGCACUCCAGUUUCAACCCCUACUUUCUUUGCUGAUCCAAAAGAUCCCAGUCUGAGGAAACUUGAAAAUUCAUUUUUGCUUGGUCCAGUCUUAGUGUAUGCAAGCACCUUACGUAGACAGGGGUUGGAUAAGUUGGAGAUUACUUUGCCUAAGGGGAUAUGGUUGAAUUUUGAUUUCGACGAUGCACAUCCGGAUUUGCCAGCUUUAUACUUAAAAGGUGGCUCAAUUAUUCCCGUGGGCCUCCCUCAUCAGCAUGUUGGAGAGGCUAAUCCUUCAGAUGACUUGACUCUUUUUGUGGCUUUAGAUGAACAUGGGAAAGCUGAAGGUGUUCUAUUUGAGGAUGAUGGUGAUGGAUAUGAAUUCACAAAAGGCAGUUAUUUAUUAACACAUUAUGUGGCUGAACUUAAAUCAUCAGUUGUUACAGUGAGUGUCCACAAAACUGAUGGAUCAUGGGAAAGACCUAAACGCCGCUUGCAUAUUCAAUUAUUGCUGGGUGGGGGUGCAAUGCUUGAUACAUGGGGAACUGAUGGAGAAGUUCUGCAACUAAUUUUGCCUUCGGAAGAUGAGGUGUUGAAGCUAGUAUCUACUAGUGAGAAGAAUUACAAGGACCGUUUGGAAAAUGCAACUCCAAUUCCUGAUGUAGAAGAGGUUUCUGGACCCAAGGGAACAGAGCUUUCAAGAACUCCCAUUGAACUGAAAAAUGGUGAGUGGAAUCUUAAAGUUGUUCCCUGGAUUGGGGGUAGAAUCAUGUCCAUGACACACAUUCCUUCAGGAACACAAUGGCUGCAUAGUAGGAUUGAGAUAAAUGGGUAUGAGGAGUAUAGUGGUAUGGAGUAUCGUUCUGCUGGGUGUUCUGAGGAAUAUUCUGUCAUUGAUCGAGAACCAGGGCUUGUGGUGUUAGAGGGUGAUAUUGGUGGGGGAUUGGUUCUUAAACGUCAUAUCUAUGUUCCAAAGAAUGUUCCCAAUGCCAUCCAGAUAGACUCUAGUAUAAUAGCACGAAGUGUUGGAGCUGGUUCUGGAGGGUUCUCAAGGUUGGUUUGCUUAAGAGUUCACCCAACCUUUAGUGUUUUGCAUCCAUCAGAAUCUUUUGUUUCAUUUACUUCAAUGGAUGGAUCGAAGCAUGAAGUCUUUCCUGAUGGUAUGGAGCAAUUCUUUGAAGGAGACCUCAUUCCUAAUGGCGAAUGGAGGCUGGUUGAUAAAUGUCUUGGCUUGGCACUGGUGAACCGAUUUAGUGUUAGUGAGGUAUUCAAGUGUCUUGUUCACUGGGAUUGUGGCACUGUCAACCUGGAGCUUUGGUCCCAGAGUAGGCCUGUUUCAGAGCAAUCCCCUCUCAGAAUUUCCCAUCAGUACGAGGUUAUAGGAAUUUCAUAAUAAUUUAACUGAUCAUCAAUGUAUCUAGAAUGUUCGAAACAGUGUAGUGCUGUUACAAAACCUGCACCUAAAAUCUAUGCAUAAAAAUUUCAGUGUUGUUUCCUUCUUCCUUUUCA